UCGGGUUGCACAUCCAUAGUCAGUUGGAUCCUUAAAUAACGUCCCCAAAACCCUAACCCUAGCUCCACAGUCUACGCUCAACACUCUCCUGUCAUCGUCGGAGCCAAGCAGAGAAGAGAAAACCAGACCACUUACGCAUAAUCCACCAUGGGUAAGGUUCAUGGAUCGCUGGCACGUGCCGGGAAGGUGAGGGGCCAAACGCCGAAAGUGGCGAAGCAAGACAAGAAGAAGAAACCCAGAGGUCGCGCCCACAAGCGCAUGCAGUACAAUCGCCGUUUCGUCACCGCCGUUGUUGGUUUUGGGAAGAAGAGAGGACCCAACUCGUCGGAGAAGUAAGCUUCAAAUGUUAAGGUAGUUGUUAUUUGAAGAGUCAUGUGGUUGCUUUAGUUCAGAAAUUGCAUACUGGCAUGUCUUGAUUUAAGAACUAUUAUGAGGUUUUGGAGAUUUUGUUUAGUUAUUUGAUGUUAUGAACUAUUAACUGAUAUGAGAUCAUAACUUGUUAUCAUUCUGCAUGGGAAGAAUAAAUGUGAUGAUGGUCCAAUUGUCAUAAA